AUGUCAACAGAUCACGCCGUCUGGUUCAUCGCCGCCGGCUUCUCCAUCUAUGCCAUGACCAAGGCCUGCGCGUCGUCGCUGGCGGAAUCGCUUCGGGAUGAACUGGCUCCUUUCCAGAUUCGCGCUACAACGGUCGAGCCCGGCUAUUUUCGGACGUCUUUUCUCAACGCUGGCGUCAUGGUCAACGCGGGAAAACGCAUAGAGGUGUACAACGACGAGGCGACCCCCACGGGGCAAACGAGGAGGAAGUUGCUUGUCGUUGAUAACAACAUUGAACCAGCCCGGCGACGUCGUCAAAGGAUGCAAGGUUCUUGUAGAUGUGCUGACUGGAACUGGGCUAGCCCACGGCAAGGACCUCCCGGUGAGGGUGGUGCUGGGGCCGGAUUGUGA